AUGAAAUGUGUUCGUGAACGUUUAAAAGCAGCUCAGGAUCGACAAAAGAGCUACGCAGACAAGAGGAGCCGACCUAUAGAAUUUCAAGAGGGCGACCGCGUAAUGCUAAAGGUGUCUCCAUGGAAAGGCAUUAUCCGUUUUGGAAAGCGUGGGAAGCUAAGUCCCUGUUUUCUUGGACCGUUUAAAGUCUUGGCUAGGUGCCUGGCGGAAGAAGAGAGUGUGAUACCACUUUCGGAAAUUCGUGUAGAUGAGAACAAGCAAUGUGUGGAAGAACCGGAAGUCAUCUUGGAAAGCAAAACCAAGGUAUUGAGGCACAGAGAGGUUGUCAUGGUCAAGGAUCUUGACUUUCAUGUAAACCUGAGAGUACUUGGGAAAAGGGAGAAUACUUGCGAAAGAGAGAGUACUUGGGUAAAGAAAAAGGAAAGGAAAGGAGAAAGGGAGGCAUUCUUUGGCUGGAAGGAAUAA